ACUGAAACUUAUUUUAGGAAAAAAAUUCCACUCAAGGGAAUGCUGUACUUUGCACUUUGGUUAACUUCUUUUCUUAGGAAAAUAAGCUUUUCAUCUCCUCUCUUCUGAAUUACAGAGAUCAGAUAAAACUACUUGGUAAAAAUGACCUCUUGUCAUGUUGCUAAAGAACCUAUAAAAAAGGUUGCUAUCUUUGGAGGAACUCAUGGGAACGAACUAACAGGAGUAUUUCUAGUUAAGCACUGGCUAACGAAUGGCGCUGAAAUUCAGAGAACAGGACUGGAAGUAAAACCAUUUAUUACCAACCCAAGAGCAGUGGAGAAGUGUACCAGAUAUAUUGACUGUGAUCUGAAUCGUGUUUUUAACCUUGAAAAUCUUGGCAAAAGGAUGUCAGAGAAUCUGCCCUACGAAGUGAGAAGGGCUCAAGAAAUAAACCACUUAUUUGGUCCAAAAAAUAGUGAAGACGGCUAUGAUAUUAUUUUUGACCUUCAUAACACUACUUCUAAUAUGGGGUGCACUCUUAUUCUUGAAGAUUCCAGGAAUGACUUUUUAAUUCAGAUGUUUCACUAUAUUAAGACUUCUUUGGCUCCAUUACCCUGCUACAUUUAUCUUAUUGAUCAUCCUUCUCUCAAAUAUGCAACUACUCGUUCUAUUGCCAAGUAUCCUGUUGGCAUAGAAGUUGGUCCCCAGCCUCAAGGUGUUUUAAGAGCUGAUAUUUUGGAUCAAAUGAGAAAAAUGAUUAAACAUGCUCUUGAUUUUAUAUAUGAUUUCAAUGAAGGAAAAGAAUUUCCUCCUUGUGCUAUUGAAGUGUAUAAAAUAAUAGAGAAAGUUGAUUAUCCCAGGAAUGAAAGUGGAGAAAUUGAAGCUGUUAUCCAUCCUAAUCUGCAGGAUCAAGACUGGAAACCGUUACACCCUGGGGAUCCCGUGUUUGUGUCACUUGAUGGAAAGAUGAUUCCGCUGGGUGGAGACUGUACCGUGUACCCUGUGUUUGUGAAUGAGGCUGCAUAUUAUGAAAAGAAAGAAGCUUUCGCCAAGACAAUUAAACUGACACUCAGUGCAAAAAGCAUUUGCUCCUCUUUCCACUAGAAAUCACUGCUAGCUCACCGUUAUAGGGCAUCUUGAAAACUUCUAGAAUCUGUGAGCUGUUCAAGAGCAUGCUUGUGCCUUAUUCUAGUUCAUCUCCAAGUCCCCUGGCCCAUGCCUCACACAGUAAGCAUGCAGACCAGGAAAGGGGAAGAAUUAAUUAGUGAAUGCCUUUUAAGGAUAUCAUAUUUUAUGUGUAGCUUAUUCAAAGAAGUAUACUUCUUAUUUCUAUACAGCUGUCUAUACAUGACACUUUGAUAGCUUACAUUGUUAUUAAUAAAUACCCUUUACAUUCAAACCAUAAAAUGAAAAUAGAUACUAUAUGCAAAGUUACCCACUUGGACAUACAAUGAGACAGAAUGAAAGAGAUUUUCAAUUAAUAUUUAAAUGCUACUAGAAAUUAACAGUACAUAUUAGGUAUGUUAAAUUUUUGAUAUUUGAAUUAAUGACAGUAUAUUAAAUAUCCAUUCUAUAAGCUUCAGAAGUGGUUGUGAUGUCUGUGAGAAAUGUUAAAUGUUCUUCUUUGGGAGGUGAAAUAUGAAGGGGAAAUGAGGGUUGACUGUAAAGGUGGCACAUGGAUAGACAUCUCAAGCUUACCGUCCUUCUCUACAAACUUGGGAAGAGGCAUAUUCUUUGCAAUCAUCAUUUUGAAAGAACAUUCUUGCCCUGAUUGAGGUCUUCAGUCUGCAUAGGAGCCACCCCCCAAGGUGGAGAAGACUAGAAACAGAGGGCAACGGGCACUAGUGGAAAUAUGACCCAAACUCAUGACUUGGAUUGCAAAUAUGUUUCCAAGGAGUUCUGCCAUGUCUUAAGUGCCUUAUCUCCCAUGAUUCUUCUCUUCAGAGUACCUGUGACUGAAGACUGCCUCCCUUUCCAGUCCCUCCAUUUCCCUCUCCUCUCCUCCUCUCGGAAGCCACAGUAGUCAAGUAAGGAACAUUGUUAUCCCAUGAUUUGAACUCCAAAAAACAUUCUUUGGAAUAGAUUUUUACAUCACUGUCUACAGUGUACUAAG